UGUUACUCAACAACGUGCACGGAGGGCGGCGUGGUAGCAACAGGUGUGGAGAGUGUGGAGGAAACAAAGGUCCACAUAUCGUGGGAGGAUGCUGCAAAGAUUUUUAUGACUUAAGAUGUCAGCAGGCAAGAUGAACCAGCAAGAUGCUUUGGAGAAGAUAAAGAAGGAAAUUCGUUCCUUGCUCAUUUCAUCUAAACUGGGCCUGGACCCUGAUCAGCUCAGGCGAGACUAUGUUGCCACGAUGGGCCAUCCCCUGCCCCUGAAACAACUGGGCUUCAGACACAUCAUGGAUAUGGUGAAAGAGAUGCCUGACGUGGUGUCAGUUAACUUCAGGCCCGAUGGCAGCAUAUAUUUAAAGGCUGUUAGUGACGAUAGCACCCGAAACAUUGAGGAGCUAGUGGCUAAGCAGCGCAUAUCUAAAACUGACAAGAAGUUCAGGAGUGGAGGUGUCAGCUACUUCUCACCCCGCAACCGUUACCUGCCUCCACCUGUUAACCUUCCCAGAAGAGGUCGGGCUCCUCCAGCUGUCCCUGCCCAGCUGAGGGCACAGCUCCGCAUACUGCUCUCACAGGGUCCACUCAGGUUGUCUGACCUGGAGUCCAGCUUCCUGCGCUGCUUUGGCUACCCGCUGCGUGUCCACAGCUACGGCUUCUACUCCACUGGAGAGAUGCUGGAGGGAGUGGCAGACCUGAUCAUUAUCCAGCAGAGCAGGCUGGGCUCAGUCCUGAGCCUGAGGGAUCGGAUGCUGCCCAGGCAGCUGCUCAGACCGUUAAGCUCACAGAGGAGGACUGGGCCGAUAAAGUCAGACUUGCCUAAAACUGACAAAUCAGCCUCCAAAGGGGCAGAAACCGGAGCUGUGACACCAACAAUACCUCCAGUUCCAGUGACACAGACUUCUCAAAACCAGCCCACUACUGAGACUUCCUUGCACCCUGUUCACAAAGAGACAAUGGCUGUCAGUAACAGGCCACAUGUGGUUGAGAGGAAGCAGGAAGAGGACCCAGAGCCCUGCCAGGAUGGUCGGCUCUUUGAGAAUCGUGUCCUUAAGCUGCAGGAGGAGCUUCGCCAGAGAAUUUUGGAGAAUGGAGUCGCUGGCGUCAUUAGUCAGGAGCUGAAGGACAAGCUACAAACGGUUGUGUGUCAGAGCAGUGGAGGAUUAUCAGUGCAUGAUCUACCUGCUGAAUACAAGAGGCUGUUUGGUGAGGAUAUUCCGUUGCUGCAGAGUGGCUUCGUCAGUGUCACUGAACUGGUCAGUGCCAUGAGUGACAUCUUCCAUUUGAAACCUGUAGUGGGUGACAAUGGGCAACACUGGAUAGUCAUGGACAUACAGGACAGUGACGGUAUACAAUCAGAUGAUGAGAAUGAAAAGCUGGAGACCGGUAGCAAUUCCAAGACCCAGGAAACGAUGUCUCAGACGUACCUUUCCAUUCAGAUGCAUUGCUCCCCUGCAGUACCCUUGGAUGCCUUGCAGAGCCAACGUGUCAAACCACCAACACGCCAUGGUGCUCGAGAGCUGAUAGAGGUCCUAGUGGAGCACAUGGAGACGCCCGGACAUUUCUACAUCCGCUUCAGCGAGAGUGAGGAGGCCCGGGCUAUGGAGGACAUGAUGAUUGAGAUGAGACGAUGUUACACCUGUCCUGAGGUGUCGGAGCAGUAUUGCCUGCCUAAGCAAUUUCUACGACGAGGUCAAGUCUGUUGCGUGUCACCCAAAGGAAUGUGGUUCUACCGGGUGGUCAUCCAUCAGAUCAUCAGCCCCACUCAGGUGGAGGUAUAUUACAUCGACUUUGGAGAUAUGACCGUGGUACAGAGCGCCAACCUCAAGUUCCUAAAGUCAUGUUACUCAGCUCUUCCAGCACAAGCUGUUCCAUCAUCACUUGCUGGAAUCAAACCCACCAAUGGCAGCUGGACUGCUGAGGCCAAGGCUUCUUUCCAGAAGCUAUGCUCCGACCGCACCCUGGUGGGUGCUUUGGAUUGUUACGCUGGAGAUGUGCUUCAGCUCUACCUGUGUGACACACACACUGAUAUUGAUAUCUACAUUCACACUGUCCUGCUGAGCCAGGGCCACGGGGAAGCUUGCAGCCCUGCAGCCAGUGCAGCACUGUGUGUCAAGUCCUGUCCAGUGAGUCUCUACCUGGGGGAGGGAAUGGUUGACCUGCCAGAAGUAGAGGAGGUGGCCAUUUUAUCCCCAAAGCAAGCCAGCAUACGUGAACGGUCCAUGUCAGCUUCACCGAAGGUUGAAGACAUAGAGCAGCCUGCCCUGGAGUAUAUUGAGGAAAAUGAGGUCAGCUCCUUUAUCCAGGGAAUGGACGCCAACCCGUUCAAUGCUCUCCUAAAGGAUCAAACCAUCAGCUUCAGUGAAUUGGACUGGGACUCAACCAACAAAUCACCUCCUACCAGCUCUUCCUGUCCGACCUCCAGUCCUCUGGCCCCUCCAGAUCUGAUCCAGAUCCAAACAACCCCAACACACUGUAAAGCUGAUCUUAAAACUCUGAGCAUGAUUCCACCAACUGCAUCCAGAAUUCAGACCAGCUCCUGCUGCCUGACACCAGAAGAGGAGCAGCACCGGUCCAGACUCGCUGCCCCCUCUUUGGUCAAGCCACCUCCGAUCCUGAGAACCUUGAGCCUCCGCACCUCUGACCUGGGCCAAAUCCAUGACUGCUCUCAGGCGCUACCAGUUUCCCCACUCCACCUGCGAAACUCUGGCAUGCUGUUUCCUCUGUUUGGGGCCAGGUAGGUCUCCACCGCAUCCAUCCACCAAUCCAGUGGCCUGAAUGAGUCAAAAUCCAAAGGAAGGAACAUUCCCUAAUAACUUCUACUUCUAAUAAAAUAUCACAACACUUCCAGUUUUGGAAUAA